CUAAAGAUUAAAAAAUAAUAUCAAAUAAUAUCAAAGACAAAACUAUUUAACAUAUGUGAAUGUUAGCAAAUUGGCAGUGAGAUUUAGAAAAUUGCACAAGGGGUGCCAACUGAAAUCUUGCCUAUAGGACGUCAAAUUGGCUAGGACUGGCCCUGAGUGCACAGUUCAAAAUCAUGCCUCUCUGAUGGUAUUUAGGUGCAUUAGUGCCUACGGCAUGGGUAGGAAAAGGAUUUGGGUAGAAAAGUGUAUGAAAUGUUAGAACCACAUGUUUUUAUUAGUGUUUCUGACAUCUUGGCUCAAAAUGUUUCCACUUAAAGAACAUUUAUCUUUAAAUUUGUUCGUGCUGAUUGGUAGCAGUACACCAUCAUUGUUUUUUUUUACAUUUAUGAUAAAUUGAUGGUGAAUUUAAAAUAUUUAUUUCCAUAUUUCCGUCUGUGGACAUCAGUUUUUAGGUCAGAAUGGCUGUGGAGAAGCGCCUGGCGUAUUCCAUCGUCCAGUUCCUACGAGAUCAGACACACAGUGGAGCUUUGAAUUCUGAUGAGCAGGAGAGCCUCGAGGUUGCGAUCCAGUGUUUGGAGACUACCUUCAAGAUCAGCUCCAGUGACUGUCAUCUCUCAGUCCCUCAGCCACUCAGAGAGAUGUUCCUAAACGCUCUGCUCCAGAAUGACAACGUCACCAUACCAGAGACUUCCCCUUCCCCUGAGGACACUGAACGAGCAGAGCAGCUUAAAAAUGAAGGAAACAACCACAUGAAGGAGGAGAACUACAGAUGUGCAGUGGAGUGUUACACAAAGGCCAUCGAUCUGGACCUCAGAAAUGCUGUGUAUUACUGCAAUAGAGCUGCAGCUCACAGUAAACUGGGGAAUUAUACCGAAGCCACGAGCGACUGCGAACGAGCCAUUAAGAUCGACUCGACCUACAGCAAAGCAUACGGGAGGAUGGGUUUGGCUUUGACAGCUAUGAACAAGUAUCCAGAGGCGAUCUCCUACUUUGAGAAGGCCCUGGUGCUGGACCCUGAGAACGACACGUACAAAUCCAACCUGAAGAUUGCAGAGCAGAAACAGAAAGAAGCAUCCAGCCCAAUAGCUGCUGGACUGGGGUUUGACAUGGCCAGUUUAAUCAACAACCCUGCCUUCAUCAGCAUGGCUGCGAGUGUGAUGCAGAACCAACAGGUCCAGCAGCUGAUGUCGGGAAUGAUGUCUAACGCAGUCGGGGGUCCUGCAGCAGGAGUCGGAGGAAUGUCAGACAUUUCUAGCUUAAUUGAAGCGGGUCAACAGUUUGCUCAACAAAUCCAGCAGCAGAACCCAGAGCUGAUCGAGCAGCUCAGGAACCACAUCCGGAGCCGUUCUUUCAGUGGCAGUGCCGAGGAGCACUCAUGAUCUGUUUGGGAUGAGCAACCAUGUUGUGCGAUUACAAUCUGUACACCCAUUUCUUCAAGUCAAAUCCCCGGCAGAGCUGGAAUGCAGAGACAAGGAAGGGGUUGAAGGCACUUUAUUAAGACUGAAGGAUCUGAAGGACAAGGACACUGGACUAUGAAAUGUAACAAAACAUAAACACCUGGCCAUAAAAAUAAACACCAACCAACAAGACAUCGUUCAGCCCGCCGACGGACCAUGAGUGAACUUUUUCUUGUGUUUUCGAUGUGUUCAGACUUUCUGCUCUCUUCUCGUUUGGAGCUGAAAAUCCACCGGUUUAUUCACGACACACAAGCAGUGAGAGAGGAAUGUACUUUAGCUGCAGUGCAGGAAACAUUUCAGCUUUUCACAGAACAUCGGACACGCUUUGUUUAUAAUGUUGAAUAUUAUUUUUGUAGUCAGGAUUUACUGUACUUUUAUUUGUUUGUUUGGGUGGUGGGGGAUCAAACCUGGACGAGGCUCACAUUGUUGUUCUUCAAUGUAACGAGUUCAACUUUUAAUAAAGACAAUAAUGUAAUUGUA